AAAUUGUGCUUUAUUGGAGUAUUACAUUAACGGACCAAUACCAACCGUGUUGUUUGUCAUAUCUCUGUGCUGUGCGUUUCAUACAAUUCCUCCUCUGCCAGCCUCACAAAAAACCAAAAAAAAAAAAUCAACAAAAACUUCUUUCUUCUUCUUCUUCUUCUUCUUCUUCUUUGAUUGUCUAAAUUCAUACAUAUCAAUCUCAUGGAGGAUCGUAAGGAGAAAAAUGCUCCUUGGCUAUCAGUGCCACAAUUUGGGGACUGGGACCAGAAAGGACAGGUGCCAGAUUACUCUCUCGAUUUCUCAAAAAUAAGGGAAAAUAGGAAGCAAAACAAGAGGGAUGUAUCUAGAGCGAGUCUUGGAAAUGAAGAAGAGCUCAUUGCUUCUACCACCACCACCGCCGCCAACACCGAUGCAAGCACCACAAACAGUGAUGACCAACACCACCACUACCAUCAGGGCCAGCACUCUCCAACUAACUCUGUGAAAUCCAACCAGAAAAUUGGUCAUAUUCUAGGACAUUGGAGGAGGAUACCCAGCAAGAUGACAAGGAGGAGCUUUCUCAGCUACUUCAACUGUUGCGUUAAAGCUUAGACUUGAGGACACGUGUUAUAUGUUUUCGAACUUAAGUGUAACGAUAUUGUUUUUGGGGCUCUAAAUUUCUAAUUUCUUUUGCUUGUAUGUUAUGGUUUCUCUGUUCUCUUCCUCACCCUUUGUUUUUUAUUCAGAUGGGAACGGUUCUAUUUCCUACUAAUGACGAAAUAGAAAAUACAUUCGCUCC